AACGCGUGUUCUCCUAUUACAUAUUUGCUGUUAUCCUCAAAAUUUACGUCCUGACUCCUGACGACGACUUCGAGCAUCAACAAUUAUCGUUUUCUCAAUUUGCUCUCAGAACUCAGGCACCCACAUACACAUCUGUCCCACAUCUGGACAUUCACCUGCCUCAAGCUGCCUUUAGUGUAUAUACUAGAGAUGACAUCAGUAUUUGGGACUUUUGUAGGACAGUGAUGUUAUUAGACUAGUGCUGUCAGUAAAUCCUAUAAGAAACUGAUUUGCAAAAAUGGAGUAGCAAGUGACAAAGAAAUCUGGGAUCAGUAAUAUCCUUGUCUCCAUAUAGGUGGGAGGAAAAGGAGAUAAGUAGUUAGAAGUGUGACUUUGUGAGAUCUGCAUUGAGAUAGACAAUUAGAGAGUCUAUCAUAUUUUUGUUUGUGGUAAGAAAUUCACAAUGAAAGCUGAGAUGAUGACUCACAUGACACACGUUCAGUUUCAUGCAAGUGAAGAGCCCUUCCAGUGCACACAAUGUGAUAAGAAAUUCAUUCAGAUGGCAGACUUGACAAAGCACAUCCAAAUUCAUGCAACUGAAAAGCAGUUUGAAUGUUCCUAUUGUGACAAGAAAUACACUCAGAAGGCUCAGCUUCACCUACACCUACGGAUUCACACUGGUGAAGAACCUUUCCAUUGUACGUUCUGUGAAAAGAAAUUUACAAGGAAAGACAACUUGAUAAAGCAUGUGCGGAUUCAUACAGGUGAAAAGCCAUUUGACUGUACAUUUUGUGCCAAGAAAUUCACCCAGAAGUCUCAUUUAACCAAACAUAUUCGUAUACACACUGGUGAAAAGCCAUACAACUGCUCAUAUUGUGAGCAGAAGUUUCCUCAGAAGUCAAAUCUGUUGCGUCACAUAUGGAUCCAUACAGGAGACAAGCCCUUUGAGUGUACAUAUUGCGACAAGAAGUUCAUUUUGAAAUUUGAUUUAACACGUCAUAUUCAGAUUCACACUGGUGAAAAGCCCUUUGAGUGUUCAUUUUGUGACAAAAAGUUUACUCAGAAGUCACAUCUGAUGCACCACAUACAGAUGCACACAGGUGAAAAGGCUCUGAAACGUGCCCAAGGGGAAAAGAAGAUCACACCAAAGUCUGACUUGAAGAUUCCUGUACCAAGCAAUGCAUGUGACAAGCCUUUUGUAGACAGCAAACCUUUUGUCGACAGCAAGCCUUUUGUUGACAACAAGCCUUUUGUUGACAACAAAGCUUUUGCUGAAAACAAGGCUUUUGUUGAAAACAAAGCUUUUGUUGAAAAUAAGGCUUUUGCUGAGAAAGCAUUUGCUGAAAAAGCUUAUGCUGAGAAAGCAUUUGCUGAGAAAGCUUUUGCAGAGAAAGCUUUCGCUGAAAAGGCUUUCGCAGAAAAGACUUUUGCUGAAAAAGCUUUUGCUGAGAAGGCUUUUGCUGAGAAGGCUUUUGCUGAAAAAGCUUUUGCCGAAAAAGCGUUUGCUGAAAAAGCUUUCGCUGAAAAGCAGUAUGCUGAGAAGCAGUAUGCUGAGAAAGCACUUGCUGAAAAGCCCUAUGGUGAAAAGCCAUUUGAGUACCCGUAUUGUGACAAAUUCAGACACAAGCAUAAUUUGAUGUACCCUGAGUGGAACUAUGCCAAUGGAGAGCCCUCUCAGCAUCCCAUUUUCAACAGAGGAUUCAGAGAAACUGGAGCAUUAGCUUGGCAUUUAGGCAACAUGCAUAAGAGAGACCCGGCAAGUGCCCAGUGAGGUUACUGUCACUCAUUUCGAAACUCAAACUCGCACUCUAAUUCAAACAGGACCUCAACUAUGUGCCAGAUGUAUAGAAGUUGAGCCUAGACCUCACCUUCGGUACAAGCCUGAAUUGUCUUACUUUUAUUGCUAAAUGAAGAGGAUGGGUUUGCCAAUAUUCAGGUGUAGUUGAGGGGGAAAUUAUGCUCCUUAUUUUGAACACGAAAAGUGUCGGAGGAUAUCAUGCAACUGUGAAGAAGAAAAGGAGUUCAGGCCACUGAAGUCCAUGUAAGAGUGAAUUUUCCCAGAGUCCUGAUAUGCUUCCCAGUGAUUUCUUUUUUCCUAUUAGAAAAAAAAGUAGUAGAAGUGUUUUCUUAUAUGUAUAUUCCACAAAUGACAGGUUAGACACAAGAAACAAUGAUGAAAGUCUCAUCAUCAGAAAAUUGUCGCUUUGAUCAAAUGUCAAGCACUCUCGCAGCAAUACGUCAUCCUCAGAACUCAAAUCAUCUAGAUUCUUAAGCAGUCAAGAUAUCUAUGAGCGUAUUAAUUCCGUGAAAGUUGUGUGUCUGGCUGUCUUCAGGUGUCAUUAGUACAUGAUGCCAGAGCCAUAUUGUGUAUUCUGCCUCGUUGUCAAGUCUUAACGUCUUGAGUCCAUGAAAGGCUGAUUAUUCAUGUAAGUUUAGAGUACAACUUGGUGACAGCAUUUGAUGAUUGAUACAAACUGCCAGCUAUCGUUUUGGGGAUGACUCUUGUAAGUUAAAAAUUUCAAAUGUAAAUUCAGAUUUUGUGUAUAAUGCAUUUACUUGUGUCAAGUAUACUGGACAGGACCUGUAAAAGGGCUGAAGAUUUUAGUUUGUAAAGUACACAAAAGCUCUCUGUCUCCUUGAUUAAAUGCUGUCCCUAUAGUAAUGGAGCUAAAUUUAGAAGAUUAGAUGUAAAAGAAAAAAAAUAAUAAAAAAGUAAAAUAUAAAAAAAAA